UGGCUUGUCAACGCCAUGCCGUUUCCGGAACAACCCCAAAAACGACGUCAAACACUCCCUUUUCCCUCCCUAGUUCAUAAAACAGAAGCAGAGACCCAGAGAGCACGGCGAGUUGAGAGCUCAGACGGCGGGCGGACCGAGUCAGAAAUGUCGGAAUCGUUCUCAACACUCUACGAGCUGCUCAUCCAAUUAUCGGAUUCAAUCUCCAAAUCUCUGAGCAAAGCGCCGGAUACUCCGCCGGAUGACGGCGGCGUCUCCUCGAAAGCCUUACUGGAAGCUCUCCUCCCUCGCAAGCAACCGCCACGAAGCCCUAACAUCGACGGUGCUCAGCUUCACACCUCAAUCAGGGACUUCGCUCUCGCCUGCGCCGUACUCUCCGCCUCUCAGUCCUCAGCCCACGUCCUCCUCUCAUGGAUCCCCAAGGACCUCUCAGCCGCUGCAGAUUCGGCCUUUCGCAAGCUUUCGGAAGCUUAUUUAAUGGCUUACAGCGAAAAGAACAGUAAGACGAUUGCUGAAUUGGGUUUGAAUUGCGGUUCGGUUCCUGAGGAGAAGAAGUUGAUGAUAGAAUUGAUACCUGAGAUUCUUCCAUUGUUGAAGAGCAGGAUUAAGGAGAGCUCCAUCGAUAAAUCGGAGGAUUGCGAUGAGUUCUCGGCGGCAUCCGCCAGGGUUCCGGUUGGGUUUGCCAUUGUGGCCGCUUAUCAGUUUAGGUGGUUUGUUACACAGAUUGAUUAUCCUCAUUUGGGGAAGUUGUCUAAUUUGGUUAUUCCUUGUGCAUUGACGGCUCUUGAUCACUGGUCCGCCGAGAUCAAAGGGCAGGGCAUGAUUAGCUUUAUACAUAUCGCGAAAAACGUGAAUGCUGCCGAACUUGGUUGGUUUCAAGAUGUGAUCCUUGAUGCAUGCUGCCAGAAUAUUGCUUCUAGUGAUGAAAUAUGGGAACUUGUGGUCGAGAUGUCAGUGCUUAUUGUGACUUGUACCCAGCAAAGUAAUCCUCGUAGUCCAUGGUUUGAUAAGAUGCUAAACGAGAUGUUAAGUCACCUGGAGCGCCAAUCUAGGAACAAGGAACGCCGCGUUGCAUGGCUUCGUCAUGUAGAGCCACUUUUUAAUGGUGUGGGUCUGGUGUUACUAGCACAUUUCAGGCGCAUUUUCCCUCUUUUCUUUAAGUGGAUGCAUGCUGAUGAUGACGAGACUGUUUUACUGGUUCUCAAACAGAUUGAAACAGUUAUAAAGUUAACAUGGGUUAGGAACACACAGUAUGUGGAAAGGUUGGUGGACGAACUUGUUGUUCUGUACAAAGAAGCAGCAUUGAAAAGGUCCCGUGAAGGAAUUAGAGAUCUUGUUAUUCGGAUACUGAUCCUGCUCCACCAAUGCAAAGGCAUGCAGUUCGAAGCAGCCUGGGGAAAGCACAGAGAUGAUCCAAACUUAGCGACCAUUGGUGCCAGUUUAGGUGAACGAAAAGCAACGGUAAAUUUACCAUCAUGCAGCAUAUAUGCAAUAAUGUAGCCAUGCCUUGUAGGCUGCUUAAUCCAUAUUUGGUAGUCAGUAACUUGAAAAUGUUAGCACAUAAUUUGCGUAGGACGGCCUUCAAGUAUCAGCGGUUUCCUGUUCUGCUAUUCUGUCAGCUGUUCAUCUAAAUUCCUGUCUAGAGGAUUAAACCGAGAAAGUUCUCAUGUUUAUACUCCUUGGUGUUGUAAUGCAGAUUGUCCAAUUACCGUAUGCAGAAAGAGUUUAGUUUCGCGAAGGAGUUUACGUGCAGAUGUAAAUAUGACUCUUGAUUAUAUGUAACAUUUCUUCCCAGUAUGAUUUGGUAGUUAUUUAAGUAUGGUUUGGCCGUGAUUUUGGCCUUGCUGAUCA